UUCUAGGAGUGUACGUCGUACACUGUACGACGCCUGCUCGCCGAUUAUGCUUCGACUUCGUCUGGUCUCAUCCUUUAUCGUCCUCGAAAAUAUGAAUUUGGAGCGGCAGCAUGGCUAAUAUUAAUUACGAGGAGGUAUAUCCUACUCACAUAUCUCACCUUGAGUCUCCCAUGUACAGCCACAAUGCCUCCGAAAAUCAGCAGAAUGUUCCACCAGAGGUAGUUCGGGACGAAGUCGGCUUGGAGCAUGACCCAUCUCAAGCUCAGAACUUCAUUUCAGACAAGGGCAAAUUCCAAGAGUUGGUCGCCAGUGUACCAGCAACCCCUCAAUAUGCUCGUGACGACAAGAUGGCGAUGGCAGGUGAAGAUGCGGGACCGAGCGAGCCUAGGAAGUAUUGCGGGAUGUCGAAAAAGAUGAUGUAUGCUGUGUCGGCCCUCGUCGUCAUUAUUGUUAUUGUAGCGGUAGUAGGAGCUGUUGGUGGUGCAGUGGCGUCAAAGAAGAGUUCCAAAUCGACAUCCGUAUCGCCUACCUCAACAUCUUCUGCAACUGGAGUAUCUGCUACUUCUUCGGCUACCCCAUCCGCGACAGCAGCUUCAAGUGCAAAGCUAGGAGCCAUUGCAGCGAGUAACUUCCAGGAUGAUAAAAGUUAUCUCUCAGUAUACUACCAGACGGGUUCAGACAUUAUGUAUAUGAUAUAUCCAUCAAGUGGAAGUUUUUCCUCGCUUCAGAACUUAACGCUUUCCACGACGCCAAAGACUGGAACACCACUUGCAGCUGUCUCUGUGAAUGGGACAUCUGGAGCAGAGCUUUCGCUUUACUACCUAGAUACAUUCAACAACAUCAUCGAAGCGACAUUCAGCAGCAGCCUCUCCUCCACAACACUUACUUCGAACGCAAUAACAGUCAUUGCAUUAAACAGUACAGUCUCCCCCUUAACCUCACUUGCAGCUCUCUACCUCGAUGGGUAUGGAUAUCGCGCAUAUUAUCAGAAUACGACCGGAUAUAUCUACGAGCUAGUGAAUGGCGGAUCGGCUUGGAAAGCUGGCUCAAAGCUCAGUGCAUUGGCAACUUCAGGCUCUCCACUUUCUGCGAGUAUGGUAACAGUGCCACACAUCAAUAUCUUCUACAUUGGAGAAACCGUGGAUGAGUUGUAUAACAUUGCCUACGACUCUUCAUGGCUAGCCACCAAAAUGGUAACAAGCGGCACGCUCACUUCGUGGAACUCAUCAAUCUCAUCUCUUGCUUCAGCUGGACAAUCUGAUCCCAACAUCCUACGCACGUAUUACAUUGGCAGUGACGAAGAAAUCUACGAGUUUGGAAUUGAGUCAAACUCGACCUGGACAACAAUGACUGCUGCUCCCGAUCAAUCUCCUCAUUGGUCCACAAGCGAUAGUGUUGGCCCUGGUGCGAUUGCAAGUCUGGGUUGGAGUGAUCAGAUGAGGUUGUAUUAUUUUCAUGGGGGAAAUUUGAGGCAGGCGACGUUGGAUAAUACAACUUGGAGUGUGCAGGAUCUUGUCACAGUUUAGGAAGGGCAUUGGUCGGCCGGAGAUGGAUAUGGGAGUUCGUGUAUAUAUGUUUCAAAGAGAGUAGGA